UGAUUUUUGAAGUAAUCGUCCCUCUUCAUCGUCAUUAUCCACCAGCAAUUGACUCAAAAAUGGACUCUCACAUGGAGCGAGUCCUGUGGACCCAGGACCAGAUUUCGCUCCGGGUGUCCGAGCUCGCCUCCGAGAUCACUUCCGACUUCAAAGCCGCGACCCCGCCUCCGGUCUUCGUCGCCGUCGCCACCGGCGCUUUCCUCUUCGUGGCCGACCUGGUGAGGAAGGUGGAGAUGCCCGCGUUCGUCGAUUUCGUCCGCUCCGAUUCCUACGGCUCCGGCACGGCGUCCAGUGGGGCCCCCGCCGUCUCCCUUGACUUGAAGGUGGACGUUCGAGGCAGGCAUGUCAUCUUGGUUGAGGACAUCGUUGAUACGGGGAACACCUUGUCCUGCCUUAUUGGCCACUUAAAGUCGAAAGGAGCAUCAUCGAUUUCAGUUUGUGCUUUUCUUGAUAAAUCAGUGAGGCGAAAGGUUCAUUUUCAGCUGGUGGGUGAUGGAAAAUUUUACCGUGGAUUUGAGUGUCCGGAUUAUUUUGUGGUGGGAUAUGGAAUGGAUUAUGCCGAGCUAUACAGGAACUUGCCUUACAUCGGUGUCUUGAAGCAAGAGUACUACACGGGAUCUGAUCUCAUCCUCAAAUAGCUUAGCUGGAUUCAGGUACCAAAGCAUACUUUUUCGAUGAGCAACAUAUUUAUUCCAUAUGGUCCAUGAGGGUUGAUUCUUACCGUGAUCGACAUAACCAUUAUAAGACACUAAUUGCGCUAUUAACAUGUCGAGAAUGCAGACAUGGCAAGGAAUUGUCCUGCAAAGAAGUGAUGAAAGGGUUUCCCCACUAAAGAUUUAUGUUA